CAGGUUCAAUGGAUGGAACCCAUAUUCGUAUAGACAAACCGUUAGAAGAUCCUGAUUCAUACAUUAAUAGGAAGCAAUAUUUUUCAAUACAACUACAAGGAGUUGUCAAUCACCAACGAAAAUUCAUUGACGUCUUUGUAGGUUAUCCAGGGUCUGUACACGAUGCUCGUGUUUUUAAUGAGUCUGAAUUAAAUGAAUGUUUAAGCAAUAUUUGUGGAGAUGGUACAUACAUACUAGCCGAUAGUGCAUAUCCAUGUUUGCCUCAUGUUCUUGUGCCGUACAGAGACAAUGGACAAUUAACAAGAGCUCAAAUUAAUUUCAAUCAGAAGCUCAGCUCUUGUAGAAUUACAUCUGAGAAUUCGUUUGCAGAUUUAAAGCAACGAUUUCGUCAAUUAUAUCACUUUAAAUUGCGUAACAUUGUAAGAAUGGUUCAAGUUAUCAAUGCAUGUUGCAUUUUGCACAACAUCGGAAAUGCAAAUGACAUGGACAUUUUUGAACCACCAUUGGAUGAUGCAUAUCCUGAUCCAGCAUUGGCACAAUAUGAACACGUACAAGUGGCACAAUAUGAACACGAAGAACAUGUACAGAACAAUACUGGACAAAUUGUAAGGGAUGAAAUUUGUCGGCAAUUAGCUACUCGAUUGUGAUUAAUGAUUUCUAUGUACUGUUAUCGAUAUGAUAUAAUAUUUUGACUUUUAUAACAUUUACAAUUAUUUGUUUAAAAUUAUUGUACAAUAAGUUGUAACUAAAGAAAUA